UUUUGUUUGACAGCUCGUUCGUAGUAUUUGUUUCGAUACUAUCCAGCGAAAAGUAGCUUUGUUUUGUGCAAAUACACAUUGAAUUCGAUGCAGGGUAGAAAUUAACAAUGACGCUGGGUCAAUUUGAGAACGUGGGAUCCUUUAUACGGAGUUGCAACGGGGCUACGUUGCGUUAUGACCAAGCGUGUUUGGAAAUUAUUACGUCGGAGCCAAUAAGUUUUUUGAGCCAGUAUGAAGAAUGCCAGGGUUGUAUGCUGCUGCCGACUGAGCCUCUGGCGAAUUCGUCAUCUUACGUGCUGAAGACCUUAAGUCCAGUGCGCUACGCUAUCGAGAAUGGGCAUGGCCAAAUAUGCAAUGGUUCCUACCAAUUCCUCGAGUUCGGUCAAUAUGCCAUCAACCUCACUGAGGUGACCAAGCAGCAAUGCCAGCCCCGGAUGACAGCGGAGCCCGAUGCCGCCUCACUCCCCAUCCUGACCGCUGUGCUCAUCCUACUGUCUAUGGCAACGCUGUGGUAUGUCGUGAAAGGCAUCGGCAAGAGGAUCAUUGCUGGGAGACUGUACGCAAGAUACUUCGCUAGGGAAGACAACGAGUUGGGCUCCGAAACGCGCGUCCUGACCACAGAAGCGAGCGUGCCGCGUUCUCCUACCCGCUCGCGUCUGCGUUCGCUUGACAUCUUCCGUGGCGCCGCCAUCGCUCUGAUGAUUUUCGUGAACGCCGGCGGCGGUGGUUACGCCAUAUUCUCUCACUCCGUAUGGAACGGUCUCACAGUGGCUGACGUCGUCUUUCCUUGGUUCGCCUUCGCUAUGGGACAGGCUCUAGUUCUGUCCCUCAACGCGAGACUGAGGACUUCUCUGCCAAGGAUCACAGCGUUGCAACAGGUGGCCCUCCGAUCCCUUCUACUGGCGAUGGCCGGCGUGGUCCUAGGAUCAGUGAACACCUCAUGGUCCGGGGUUCGACUCCCGGGCGUGCUGCAGCGCCUAGCCGCCAUGUACUUCAUCGUGGGUGCCCUAGAGUGCGCCUUCAUGAGGACUAGCCAGAAUAUUACUCCUGGUCGUUCUUUGUUCCGUGACAUCGCGGCAGGUUGGCAGCAGUGGCUCGCUACUCUUUUGUUAGUAGCAGUGCAGAUCUGCGUAACGCUGACCAUUCCCGCCCCGGGCUGCCCGCGCGGCUACUCCGGCCCCGGCGGCCUGCACCUGUCGGCCGAGGGGAAAAACUUGACUAACUGCACUGGAGGCAUCGCUGGAUACAUCGAUCGAAAAGUGUUCGGCGAAGGCCAUCUCUACGCCUACGGUACCUUCCGCGACAUCUACCACACGACUGUCCGCCACGACCCGGAAGGUCUACUGGGCAUCCUGUCCGGUCUACUAGUGGUCCAGGCCGGGGCCCACGCCACUAGGAUCAUGUUGGCUUACAACCACGCCAGGGCCCGCAUAAUGCGCUGGGUAUUCUGGUCCCUAGUGUUCGGCGCGACCGGUGGCGCCCUCUGCAUGUUCUCAAAGAACGGCGGCCCGAUUCCCAUCAAUAAGAACCUGUGGAGUGUGUCCUUCUGCCUAGUGACGGCUUCUAUGGCGUUCAUGGCUCAAGCCGUGUUGUACUUCUUCGUGGAUUUGAAGAUGAAGUGGGGCGGACGACCUUUGUAUUAUGCUGGUCAAAACGCGCUCUUCCUCUACCUCGGCUCCGAACUCCUGAAAAAGCACUUCCCUCUCCACAUCCACGUGCCGGCCGCCACUCACGCGCAGCUACUCGCCACACACGCCUUCGCGAUGUUAGUGUGGAUCGCUGUGGCCAUCGCCCUGCAUAGGAAGAGGAUCUUUAUCACGCUGUAGAAGGUUGGACAAUGGACAUCUUAUAUAACCUCGUAGGCCGCGAUUUUUCAACAGUUUCUCACGCUAGGAUAGAGAUAAGCUCCUCAUUUCUUAUACUAGUGUGAACUAGGAUAGAGAUAGGCUCGGAACUCCUCAAAAAGCACUUCCCGCUGCGGAUAAACAUAUACUGCGAUUUUUUAAAUAGUUUCUGAGACUAGGAGAGCCUAGCUCGCCUUGCUCGCCACGCACGCCUUCGCGAUGUUAGUGUGGAUCGCUGUGGCUAUAGCCCUGCAUAGUAAGAGGAUCUUCAUCACACUGUAGAAGGUUGGAAACUUGUUUAUAAGAGUGUUUUAGAUUUCAACCCUAUUGGCAAUGUUUUAUCCUCUAGUAUGCCACGAUUUUUCAACAGUUUCUCCCGCUAGAAUAAAGAUAGACUCCUCAUUUCUAAUAAUAAUGUGGACUAGGAUAGAGAUAGGCUCGGAACUUAAGAAGCACUUCCCGCUGCAGCUAAACAUAUAAUGCGAUUUUUUAAAUAGUUUCUGAGACUAGGAGAGCCACGCUCGCCUUGCUCGCCACGCACGCCUUCGCGAUGUUAGUGUGGGUCGCUAUGGCCAUCGCUCUGCAUAGGAGGAGAAUCUUUACCACGCUGUAGAAGGUUAGGAAGUCGUUUAUCACAGUUGAAUAAGAUUCCAAAGUAAUUGUCAAGGUUUUAUCAUCGCUUAUGCCACGAUUUUUUAGCAGUUUCUCAUACUAAGAUAGCCUAGUACAGAGAUAGGCCGCCACACACGCCUUCGCGAUGUUAGUGUGGAUCGCUGUGGCCAUCGCCCUGCAUAGGAAGAGGAUGCAUUGGAAACAAUGGAAACUCGUUUAUAAGAGUGUUUUAGAUUUCAACCCUAUUGGCAAUAUUUUAUCCUCUAGUAUGCCGCGAUUUUUUAACAGUUUCAUACACUAAAAUAGCAAAGAAAAGAGAUAAAGUUAUAUUCAUAAUGUUUAUCUUUGAUAAAGUUUUGUUGGCGCAGAAUUAGUCCCAGCUUAUUUUAGGACAUUAUUGGGUAGUAACA